AUGGGUACUUUAUAUGAGAAUAAUAAUGUGCCGAUCAAUGAAGACAAUAAGUAUGAUCGACCAGCUAAAUUUGCCCCGACAGAGAAAGAAAAUCAUUCAUCGAAAACAACGCUAAUAUUUUCACUUAAUGAAGAAGUGGGUGCUUUAGCAAAAGCAUUGCACGUAUUCGAAAAACAUGGUAUCAAUUUACUUCGUAUUGAAUCACGAUUAUCUCGUCAAAAUAAGACUGAUCAUGAAUUUUAUGUUGAAUGUGAUAAUACUAUGGGUUCUGUAACUGAUGCUAUUAAACAAUUACGCGAAGACUCAAAAUAUCUUCAUGUACUUUCACAAGCUCAUAAUACAUUGGAUGAAUCAACACCUUGGUUUCCACGAAAAAUACGUGAUCUUGAUCAAUUUGCAAAUCGUGUUCUUUCAUAUGGAGCUGAACUUGAUGCUGAUCAUCCUGGUUUUCGUGAUGUACUCUAUCGAAAACGUCGAAAAGAAUUUGCUGAUAUUGCUAAUCAAUAUCGUCAUGGUCAACCAAUACCACGUGUUACCUAUAAUGAACAAGAGAUUGUAACAUGGGCUACUGUUUUUCGUGAAUUAACACAACUUUAUCCAACACAUGCAUGUAAAGAAUUUAAUAAUGUACUUCCAUUACUUAUUGAUAAUUGUGGUUAUAAUGAAUCAAACAUUCCACAAUUAGAAGAUGUUUCACUAUUUCUUCAAGAUUGUUCUGGUUUUCGACUUCGACCAGUUGCUGGUCUUUUAUCAUCACGUGAUUUUCUUGCUGGUUUAGCUUUUCGUGUAUUUCAUUCAACGCAAUACAUUCGCCAUCAUAGUGUACCUAUGUAUACACCUGAACCUGAUGUUUGCCAUGAAUUACUUGGUCAUGUACCGCUUUUUGCUGAUCCAGAUUUUGCCGAAUUUAGUCAAGAAAUUGGCAUGGCUAGUUUAGGCGCACCUGAUGAAUAUAUUACUCGUUUAGCAACAUUGUAUUGGUUUACUGUUGAAUUUGGUCUAUGUUUGGAAAACAAUGAAAAAAAAGCUUAUGGAGCUGGAUUGUUAUCAUCUUUUGGUGAAUUACGAUUGUAA